UGUACUUGUCUGUCUGGUUGUAGUCAAAGUUGAAAGAGAGAGAGAAAGCUCCGGUUGCAGCUUUCGGCGCUGUUUCUAGAUUUGUAGAAUACACAACUAAUUAAGUCUUUUAAUUAUUUGUUAAACAGAUUAAUAAUUGGACAUAAAUUUGUUUAUGUUUAUAUAAACAAAACAAAGAACAGUCCAACUUUCAUUCUUUGUUUUUUUCUAUCUUUAUUGUCAUUCCACUGUCAAAGUUCAUCAUCAGGAGCUGAAUCCAUAGCUAAAGCUGUGAAAUUACCACUCUUAGGUUCAUACCACUAUUUUCAGGUUAAGUAAACCACAUUAUGAACGAUAUUUAUAGACGGGAUUUAAAGAAUUUUUGGACACCUGGUCAAGCCUGAUUAUUGCCUCGCCUGCGCUGCCAAUUUUAGUACAGAAUAUGGGGUCGCUCUGUAGUAAACAAAAUCGUUACAAUGAAACAGAUGCUGAAGAGAAUGUACAGGCUGCAGAAAUUGAAAAGCGAAUUGAACAAGAAACAAAGGCCGAAAAGCAUAUUCAAAAACUCCUACUUCUAGGAGCUGGAGACUCUGGCAAGUCAACAAUAUUUAAGCAGAUAAAACUUCUGUUUCAAAGUGGUUUUGACGAGUCAGAAUUGAAGAGCUAUACAUCCGUCGUCCAUGCCAAUGUUUAUCAGACAAUAAAAAUAUUGCAUGAUGGAUCAAAGGAACUGGCUCAAAAUGAAGCAGAUUCCUCAAAGUAUGUCAUAUCCGGUGAAAACAAGGACAUUGGGGAAAAGUUGUCAGAAAUUGGAGGUAGAUUAGAUUACCCACGUCUUACCAAAGAGCUUUCAAAGGAGAUUGAAACUUUAUGGAAAGAUGCUGCAAUUCAGGAAACAUAUGACAGGGGUAAUGAGCUUCAAGUUCCAGAUUGCGCCCAUUAUUUCAUGGACAAUUUGCAAAGAUUGUCUGAUGCAAAUUAUGUUCCAACUAAGGAGGAUGUUCUUUAUGCAAGAGUUCGUACAACUGGAGUCGUUGAGAUCCAAUUCAGCCCUGUUGGAGAGAAUAAAAGAAGUGGUGAAGUUUAUAGACUUUUUGAUGUUGGUGGCCAGAGAAAUGAGAGACGGAAAUGGAUCCAUCUGUUUGAAGGCGUUACAGCUGUAAUAUUUUGUGCAGCAAUCAGCGAGUACGAUCAGAUGCUUUUUGAGGAUGAAAACAAGAACCGUAUGAUGGAGACAAAGGAGCUUUUUGAGUGGGUCCUGAAGCAGCCAUGUUUUGAGAAAACAUCAUUCAUGCUGUUUCUCAACAAAUUUGAUAUAUUUGAAAAGAAAGUUCUCAAUGUUCCGUUGAAUGCAUGCGAGUGGUUCAAGGAUUACCAGCCAGUUUCAACAGGAAAACAAGAGAUUGAGCAUGCAUAUGAGUUUGUCAAGAAAAAAUUUGAAGAGUUGUACUUCCAAAGCACAACCCCUGAUCUCGUGGAUCGUGUAUUUAAAAUAUACAGAACCACUGCACUUGAUCCGAAACUUGUGAAGAAAACAUUCAAGCUUGUAGAUGAGACUUUAAGACGCAGAAAUCUCUUUGAAGCCGGCUUAUUGUGAAGACAAGAGGUUGGGAAGAUUACAGGAGGUUGGAUUCUUGGUUUAGAGAGGUUGAGAAGGUUACAUAAGAUUGGAACCUGAUCAACAACAAUAGCCAAACCAAACAGGCAGGGGUCUAUAGAGGUGCAAGUAAACCGAGUUGAGUUUGAGUUAUGACAAGCUUCGAUGUCAAAUGUAUAAUACACGUUUGAUUUCGAAUUCGCUUAAAUUUUCAAGUUUGAGUUCGAGUAGCAGCCAAACUUGAAUAAGUUUGAGUAUAAUAAAAAAUCAAAAAAUUACUAUUA